AUGGGCCAGAUGGUCAACCCACGGCCGAGUAUGCACACUGACACAACCAAUGUUAGUGCUCCAUCGUGCGAAGAUGAUCUAUGGAGACCAGGCUGGGAGACUAACCGCCUCUCGGGCUCCAUAAUUGACGGAGUUGACGCGGAAGUGGGCAGCGUCACGGUGCACAGCCUGUACGCAGGCGAAGUCUCGCUUGGCGUGGUCGUGAGAUUGGCGGUGCGACUGAGUACCAGUCGACCAGGUUUCUCUGCCUCGGGUCUGGGAUUGGAUGAUCACCGGUCACGGCCGGGUUCUACACAGGACUAUUGGGCGCAUGCAGCAGCUGGACCUGAAGUUCUGGCCUUGCAAUCCUCGCCGCCGUCAUCGGCUCCCCCCUCCCACUAUCCCUCGGUGAAGGUGCUGCUUCAUAUGCACGCGGAAGACUCGCCUAUCAUGGAAGGCAAACCCAGGGCUGAGAGAGUUCUUGUCGGCAACACGAUGUGCCGCGCCCUGAUUGGCGCCCAGCUCUAG